UUUUGAUUCGGAAUUGAUUCCGUUUUUGGGUUUUUUUUUGAUUCCGUUUUUGGGUUCUAAUCCGCCAAUUUUCUUAUUAAAAUCCAAUUUUUUAAAGGUACCAACACGAAUGGUGAUCCUAACAAUAAUAAUAAUAGAGCAGCAAAUAAUAAUAAUAAUGGACGACACAACCACAACAACAACCACCGCCAAAUGCUAGCAAAUCUUCGCCAUACUCACGCUACACAAUUUCGUCAUCUUUUUGCUUUAUUUGCACGUGAUCGUAUACGUCGUCAUCACGAAGCUAUUGCUCAUCAUCAUGCUGCUAGAAGAAAUGUACUUAUAAUUAAUAAUGCUAAUGAUUCUGAUAAUGAUGAGGAAAAUGAUGAUGAUGAAAAUGAGCAGCUUGAAAUUGAAUUACGUGACAAUGAACGGCAACAGCGUUUUUAUUCGGGACCUGAUGAUGAAGCUUUUAAUUUUGUAUUUGAAUCUGAAGAUGAGGUUAAUAAUGAGGAUGAUGAUGAACAUGAAGAAGAAGAAGAAGGGGAGGAGGAAGAAGAGGAAAAUGUUGAGAAUGAUGAUGAUAGUAUUGGAAAUUAUGAGAAUGUAGAUCGAACAGACAAUGAGGAUGAUGAGAAAAAUGAAGCUGUAAAUAGUGAUGAUGCUGAUAGUUGGUCAGAUAGAAAUAAUGUUGGUUCGUUAUCUUCUUCUGAAAGUUAUGGUAAUUUAAAUAAUGAUAAGAAUGAUGAUUCGUAUAAAACAGCAAAAAUGACACCAACAACAACAACAACACCAAAAAAGAAGGCAAAAACAAAAUCGAAAAAGUGUAAAAAUAAAUUGGCACGACUUGGGCUUGAAUUAUCUUCAGAUAAUGAGGAGGAAGAGGAAAAAGAAAAUGGAGAAGAAAAAGAAGAAGAGGAAGGAAAAGAAGAUGUGGAAGAAGAUGAUGGGCAAGGAGAAAAAGAAAAGGAGGGAGAAAAGGAAGAUGAUGAGGGAGAAAAAAAUGAGGAAGAUGGUGAUAAUAGUAAUGAAUCUUUUGAAACGGCUAAGGAUAUAAUCAUGAUUAAAGACAAAAAUUUUGAAGCUUUCGAACGCUAUGCAUCAAAAAUGAGUAAAAAUAGUGACGAUAAGGAUGGGGAGGACAAAAUUGGAGAGGAACUUAAUAAAGAAGAUGGUUGGGAGGAGUCUUCCAGGGGUUACCGCUUCCCUCAUAGUGAGGAUGAGGAGGAGGAUAAAAUUAAAGAGGGUAAAAUUGAAGAAGAUGAUGGUUGGGAAGAAACUUAUAGACGCUACUGCUUAUCAAAAAUGAGUGACGAUGAGGAUGAGGAGGAUAAAAUAGAAGAAGAUGAUGGUAGGAAAGAGGAUUAUAGACGCUACUGUUUAUCAAAAAUGUGUAAAAAUAGUGGCAAUGAGAAGAAUAAAAUUGAAGAGGAAGAAAGGGAUGAUAAUGAUGAUGAAAUGGAAAAUGAUGAAGAAAAGGUAGAAGAAGACAAAGAAAAGUUGAAUGAUUCUAUGAAUUCAAGUCCUCUUAAAAAUGGAAGUUGUAAUAAUAAACGUUUGCGCACAUGUACAUCUAAUUCAUUGGAAAUGCCGCAAUCAAGCAAAAUGAAGCGUGUAUUAAGCUACAUUGAAGAACAAGCACAAGAAGAAGGAGAACAUGGAGGUGUAGCUGGGCCUUCAACAAGUUGGCCGACUCAAUAUUUACAUCAAAGACCGGCUCCUUAUUUACACAAGAAACAGACUCCUAUUUCUAAUAAUACAACUCGAGAAGAAGAGGAGAAUGUGGCUGAGGCUAAGUUCAAUGAAACUAAAGUUAAAGAACGGACUGAACAACUUGCUGAUUUUCAUGCAAAAUUUAUUGAAUUAAUUCAAUCACUUCCUCUAAAUAUUCAAAUGCGUAAAUUUCUUGUUUAUGAAAACGCUUGA